AUGGACGUACUUUCAAGCCUCCCCGAGAUCCUCAUCACAGCUCUCGCCGUAGCCACAUUCUUCUACCUCCGCCGGCUAGGAAACAACCGAAAGCACCCCAAAAACCGGCCGGUCCCGGAGAUCCCCGGCGGGCUGCCUCUGGUCGGCCACCUCCACCUCCUCGCCGGCAACCAGACCCUGGCACGGACGCUGGGCUCCUUCUCGGACAAGUACGGCACCGUGUUCGCCGUCCGGCUCGGAGCCAACACGGCCGUGGUGGUGAGCGACUUCGAGUCCAUGAAGCAAUGCUUCACCACCAACGACCGUGUCCUCGCCACCCGCCCGGACUCCGUCCAGGCCAAGAUGCUCAGCUACGACAAGACCGUGUUCGGGUUCGCCCCUUACGGCGCCUACCUCCGCGACAUCAAGAGGAUCCUCAUGAACGAGGUCCUCGCCCUCCACCGCGUCCGGGCCCUCCGCCACGUCCGCGUCUCCGAGCUCGACCUGCUGGUCCGCGACCUCUACCAGAGGUCGCGGAGCCAGAAGUUGAAAUCAGCAGUGACAGAGCCCAACACUUCUGGCUCCGUCACUGUCUCCCAGGGCGAAGGUAAGGCGGUGGUGAUCAGCGAGGCGGUACACAGCUACGUGCUCAACAUCAUCACUCGGAUCGUCGCCGGGAAGAGGUACUUCGGUGGCGGUGGCGGCUGCACCGACGACGGGAGGCCGAUCAGUGAAGUGAUCAAGGAGUUCACGCUGGUCAUGGGCACCCUUGUACCUUCGGAUCUGAUACCGAUUCUUGGGUGGGUGUUGCCCCAGGGAACCGUGAAGGCGAUGAAGCGAGUUUUCAAGGAGCUGGAUCUGGUUAUGGAAGGGUGGAUCGACGAGCACAAGAAGAAGAAGAGGGAGAAGAAGGAGCCGAUGCUCACCGACAACGACGACGAUGAGGUCAAUCAGGACCUCAUCGACGUGAUGUUGUCGGAAAUUAAGGACGACGUGGUGCACGGCCACAAGCGGGAGACCAUCAUCAAAGCCACAGCUCUGUCUGUCAUCGUGGCGGGUGCAGAAACGAGUGCGAUAACGCUCACGUGGGUCCUGGCCAAUCUGCUGAACCACAAGCGGGUACUGAAGCUGGCUCAAGAAGAGAUAGACAGUAAAGUAGGUAAAGAUCGGUGGGUGGAGGAUUCCGACAUCGAAAGUCUGCCGUAUUUGGGAGCCGUGAUUAAAGAGACGUUUCGAAUGUAUCCUCCGGGCCCGCUUUCCUUCCCUCGGGAAGCGUCGGAGGACAUCACGAUCAGAGGCUACCACGUUCCCAAAGGGACUCGUUUCUUCGCCAACUUCUGGAAGCUGCACAGAGAUCCUAAAGUCUGGUCCGACCCGGACCAGUACAGACCGGAGAGGUUCCUGACGACCAACGCGAACGUGGAGGUAUUCGGGCAUCAGUUCGAGUACCUCCCGUUCGGGUCGGGCAGGAGGGGAUGCCCCGGGAUCAAUCUCGGGAUGCAGAUUACUCAACUGACCCUGGCGAGGCUGGUUCAGGGCUUCCUCUGGAGUGCACCAGAGGACAGGCCCGUCGACAUGACGGAGGGACUGGGACUCGCUCUUCCGAAGGCGAGUCCCCUGGAGGCCGUCCUUACCCCGCGCCUCUCUCCUCACCUUUACACUGCCUAA